AUGGCGCUCUUCCUCCUGCGCGUGCCCCUGCUGCUGGCGCAGCACGCCGCCACGCUCGGCUAUCCGCUGUAUGCCUCGUACAAGGCCCUCGCGCCGCCGCCGCCGCCCGGCGCGCCGCCGCGGCGCCGCAGCGGCAGCGCCGCGCCCCUCGCCGCGCACGACGAGCUGCUCGAGCUGCAGACGUGGAGCAUGUACUGGAGCGUCGUCGCGCUGCUGCAUCUGGCCGAAACGUGGAUCGAGUGGAGCUGGAGCUGGAUUCCCUUCUACUUCGAGGUCAAGCUGCUCUUCAUGCUCUGGCUCGUGCUGCCGCAGACACGCGGCGCCACGCUGCUCUACACGACCUACGUCGACCCCUUUCUCUCGCAGCACGAGGAGGCCAUCGAUGCGGCGCUGAGCGAGGCAAAGAGCAAGGCCAAGGCGGCCGGCCUCGCAUGGGUGGCGCGCAUGUGGGAGCGCGUCAAGGGCUCGGUGCUGAAUGCCGCGCUGGCGCAGGAGGCUCCUCAGAACUACACCAUGUCCAACCCUGGCGCUGCCGCUCCGCAGCCCGCCGCUCAGGGCGCAGCCGCGCCCUUCAUGAGUCUCUUCCAGACAUACGCUCCCGCCGCGGUCGCAUUCGGCUCGAACGCGCUCAGCAAGGCACGCGCCGGUGCCGUUGAGCCGCCGCCGCAAGCGGCCAGUGCUGCAGCGUCUCGCCGUGCGCCCAAGCUCAAGACGCAGUCGUCUGCGUCUUCCGCAUCACUGGGUCGCUCUGCCGCUGCCACUCGUCGACGCGAGCUGGAGCGGCAGCUGGCAGAACUCGACGCGGCGGCAAGCAGCUCCGACGAUGGCGCCGCCAACGACUCGCUGCAGGUGCCGGCCUCUCUGCGUCCCGGCGGCAGCAGCUCUCGCCGCACCUCCUCGCCCGCGGGCUACUCUUCCAGUCCGGCGCCGAGCAGCGACGAGGACCGCCGCGCCGCGCGCAAUGCACACCUGGGCGGCAGCUACGAGAUGCUGGACCGCCUCAGCGUCGACACGGCGGCGGCGAACCGCAGCAGACCGGGCAGCAGCGGCAGUGGCGCGAGCCAGAAGCCGGCUUGGUUUUGGGGCGGCGGCAGCCCGACCAAGAAGAAGUCGCAGUAGGCGCAAGCACGUGGCCCACACCACGGACGUCGCGUCUUGCACGGCAGCCAGGCUGCGUGACGGCGCCCGCGUUGCGUACUUGCAAGGCAGCACUUGCAUCACCGCAACAGCCUCGCCUAUGCGUCUCCGCCCCCUCUCGGCCUACACGGCACCGGCGCUCCGCACGCUCCGUCCUACACACCACCGACGCCGCGUCUCACGCAAUACCUGCCGGCGCCGACGCUGCGACACUUGCACUACACGGCAUCGCUGCAGCUCCAACCUUCGCCCGUCGCCACCCACUCGCUCUCGCACCGCGCGCCUCGCGCCGCCUCUCGCUCGCCUCUCACUGUAUCUCUCGCGUCUCUCACUUGUACCAUCUCCCUCGCAUCAUCUGUACAGUCUCCGCCACGGGUAUCCAUUCCAUUCACGCCAGGUC